CUCCACCAGCUGCCGGGCAAGAUGAAGCCUAAACUGAUGUACCAGGAGCUGAAGGUCCCUGUCGAGGAGCCUGCCAGGGAACUGGCCGUGAAUGAAAUCGAGGCGUGGAAAGCAGCAGAGAAGAAAGCCCGCUGGGUCCUCCUGGUCCUCAUCCUGGCGGUGGUGGGCUUCGGUGCCCUGAUGACUCAGCUGUUUCUGUGGGAGUACGGGGACUUACAUCUGUUUGGACCCAACCAGCGCCCAGCCCCCUGCUAUGACCCUUGCGAGGCGGUGCUGGUGGAGAGCAUUCCUGAGGGUCUGGAGUUCCCCAAUGCCACCACGAGCAACCCCUCCACCAGCCAGGCCUGGUUGGGCCUCCUUGCCGGUGCUCACAGCAGCCUGGACAUCGCGUCCUUCUACUGGACCCUCACCAACAAUGACACCCACACGCAAGAGCCCUCUGCCCAGCAGGGUGAAGAGAUUCUCCAGAAGCUUCAGGCUCUAGCACCCCGGGGUGUGCAGGUUCGCAUCGCUGUGAGCAAACCCAAUGGACCUCUGGCUGAUCUGCAGUCCCUGCUACAGAGUGGUGCCCAGGUCCGAAUGGUGGACAUGCAGAAACUAACCCAUGGCGUCCUGCACACCAAGUUCUGGGUGGUAGAUCAGACCCACUUUUACCUGGGCAGUGCCAACAUGGACUGGCGCUCGCUGACUCAGGUCAAGGAGCUGGGAGUGGUCAUGUACAACUGCAGCUGCCUCGCUCGGGACCUGACCAAGAUUUUUGAGGCCUACUGGUUCCUGGGCCAGGCAGGUAGCUCCAUUCCGUCAACCUGGCCACGGCCCUUUGACACCCGCUACAACCAAGAGACCCCAAUGGAAAUCUGCCUCAAUGGCACACCAGCACUGGCCUACCUGGCGAGUGCACCCCCGCCACUCUGUCCGAGUGGCCGCACCCCAGACCUGAAGGCUCUGCUCAACGUGGUGGACAAUGCGCGGAGCUUCAUCUACAUUGCAGUCAUGAACUACCUGCCCACUAUGGAGUUCUCCCACCCACGCAGGUUCUGGCCCGCCAUCGACGAUGGGCUGCGACGGGCCGCCUAUGAACGGGGCGUCAAAGUGCGCUUGCUGGUCAGCUGCUGGGGCCACUCUGAGCCAUCCAUGCGGUCCUUCCUGCUCUCCCUGGCUGCCCUUCGUGACAACCAUACCCACGCGGACGUUCAGGUGAAACUGUUUGUGGUCCCUGCGGAUGAGGCCCAGGCUCGAAUCCCCUACGCCCGCGUCAACCACAACAAGUACAUGGUGACUGAACGAGAUACGUACAUUGGAACCUCCAACUGGUCUGGGAGCUACUUCACGCAGACAGCGGGCACCUCCCUGCUGGUGACACAGAACGGGCACGGUGGCUUGCACAGCCAGCUGGUGUCCGUGUUCCUGAGAGACUGGGAGUCCUCCUACAGCCACAAUCUCGACACCUCAGCUGAUAACGUGGGCAAUGCCUGUCGCCUGCUUUGAGUCCCAGCCCAACGGGACAGGCCAAAGCCUUCCAGGCCCCCUGGGACUCAGCUCCUGCGUCCUGCUCCACCCGUCCCCACACCCUUGCUUCUCUCUGCCCUAUUGUGGCUCCACACUCUGCACUACACUCCCCACAUCGCUACCUCCACUGGCCUGACACUCUGGUCCUUGUGGACCUAGCAGACCUGGGGGAGGGUCAGGCCCCAAAUAAGUGGGGGUGCAUGCUGGGCCCGGACCUUUGGCCCAACCCCCCCCCUCCGCAAAGGGGCCAAGAAUAUAACGA